AUGAGGCCAAUAAUUGUUGUUGACGGCACACACUUGAAGGGCCGCAAUAAAGGUAUUUUGUUUGUUGCCGUCACGAAGGACGACAACGAACAAGUGUUUUCGAUGGCUUUUGGGAUUGGUCCGAUCGAGAAUGAUGAAUCGUGGAAGUGGUUUUUGUAUCGGUUGAAGAGUGCUUAUGGUGAGAAUUCUGAGACGUCGAUUGUUUCCAAUGCCCAUAUCAGUAUAGAGAAUGCGGUUAAGGAAGUUUAUUCGCACGCUACACACGGCUUGUGCUACUACCAUUUGUUGAAUAAAAUUACUCGAUAUGGCAAGACAGCUGUUGUUUUGUACCAAAAGGCGGCUUAUGCAUAUCGAGAGAGUGAUUUUGACAAGGCAAUGACAAGCUUAAAGGCAUUAAAGGAAGACGGGGGAACAUAUACCCAGCUUAUGCAGGUUGGUCCUGAGAGAUGGGCUAGAUCUAAGUGUCUUGUUCGUCUUUAUAGUUUUCUGACCUCAAAUAUUGCUGAAUCUUUCAAUUCUCGAUUAUUGUGGGCAAGACGUCUGCCUAUAUGCUCUAUGGUUGAGGCGAUCCGUCAUAUCAUAGAAAAAUGGUUUGAUGAAAGACAGGAAGCUGCAAAGACGUUUUCUGUAGAUGUUACACCAGAUUGGAGAGGUCGCGGAGAUAUGAGCUAUAAGCUCCUGACCGGCGAGGCUCGAUCGGGCCUAGGCGACGGCGUGGAGCGGCGAGGCUCGCUCAGGCCUAGGCGACGGCGUGGGGCGGCAAGGCUCGCUCAGGCCUAG